UCUACAUAUAAACAUUGGUCGCCUACGGUCGCCAUGAUCGGAAUUCCUUCCAUGUUUACGUCCAGUCGUGUCCUGAAGCAGGGCCGCUAAGUGCUGGGUGCCAGUGACAAGGGUGGCUGUUGUUAGGGGGAACCAGGCCACUCAUGGAUAAGGUGACGUGGCUGCCGUAAGGAAUGCGUGGGGUUAGGGAAGGACGCUUCGGCUGCACUCAUGGAACAGUAGCAGCAGCAGCAGCAGCAGCAACAACAGCAACAGCAGCCACACCACCAGCAGUAGCAGCAGCAACAAAAGCAACAACAGGAGCAGUAGUAGCAGUAGCACCAACAAUUGCAACCUUUAUGCCUGAUGCAGCUGAAUGGAACAUGCAGUAAGGAUUUCACAGCCUGUGACCAAAGAUACGAUUCUGCAUUUGUGGAAUGUGUUCCUCAUGUUACACCCUGAGCCACCAGAAUAUGUGCCAAGCCACAACCCAUUUUGUGCCACAGCUGUAUUUUUUUCUGUGUGAGAUGUGAUCAGUGUGUGUCAUGCCCACAACAGAAAGGAAGUGCCACUUUUAACAGUCUUACCCACUUGGACUGGUGUAGAAAGAAACUGUUUCUACCAAAUACCUGUACUUUGUUUGCAGUGUUUUUGUGUCAUCCACCUUUUAUGUACUGAAGAGAGAGAUGCCUUUGUAUCCAAAUAUCUGAAUCCCUAUACUUUGGAAGACUUCAAGAACAUAUGACAUCUAGAAAUUAUGAAAGAUGUGUUACAAGGUUGCAUAUUUUGUUACUAUAGUGUCUGGUAUGUACUGAGAAUGCAUCACCCACUGUUUAAAUCAUAAAAAAAUGUGAAUGCUUGCAGUUUCACAUAUUUCUCCUGUACAGUAUACCUUGCCAGAAGUUUCUUUGACAGAAGUUAAGGAGUAACAUGAGUGUCAUGCUUGCAAUUUCACUAUAGAAUAUUAGUUUAGAAGCUUUUCAGCAAGGAAUAUUUCUGCACAUAUAAUUAUGGCACACAGGGCUAACAAGAAAUAUAACUCACAGUUUGUCAAGAUAAUUGUCAGUUGGGUGCAAUGAAAUAUCAUGAGUGUCCAAAGUGAAGUGAAGGAAAAAAACAGUGAACAAGAGAAUGAGAUAAGGAGGGAGGAGACAAGAAAGGAGGAAAAGCAGGAUGACACAGCUCAAGUAUCAGAAGAAAGAGUGGAGACCAAGGAGCUACUGGAAGCAGGAGAAAGUAUCAAAGAAGAAAAGGAAGCAGAGCAGAUGACAGUAGAAGAUUUAGAGGCCAGUAAACACAUAAUCAGCGAAGGGCAAGAAUCAAUUGUGGAAAAAGCACCAACUAUUGUAGAAAUUUUGAGAGAGGCAGAUGUGGAAGGAAGAGAAGUUUUGAAGCAAGAACAAAUAUGUGCAGAGGAGGGAAAUAUUAAGCAAGUAAAGGAUAUCAGGGAAGAAAUAGUACAGAUGAACUUUUCAGAGAAAACAUGCAUAGAGGAAACAAAAUCAGGAAUACAAGAAAGAACAGAUAUAGAAGAGAGAGAAAGAGUAAUUGAAAUAAAUGUAGAGCUGGUUAAAGAUGUGAUGCCUACAGAAAUAGUUGUGAAAGAACAGAUAAAAAAUGUGAUACCUGCAAAAGAACAUAUUAAAGAUGAAACCUCUGAACAUACAGCUACAAAAGGGCAAGUAAAAAAUGUGACACUUACAGACACAAUAACAAAAGAUACUUCAUAUGUACAACAGACUCUUUAUGUGAAGGAAGUGAAUGUGGAACAGAAGGCAGAAGCAAUAUAUGAAGAACAAGGAGAGAGAGGUAGUAAGACAGGUGUGAGGGAGGCAGCACAGAAGUGCAGCUCACAGCCACACACCUUGCCAUCACCACAGAAUGAAACAGAAAAUGACAGUGAUCUUGAGUUCUUCAACUUUGAGGACUUUGAGGUGGUUGAUGCCUUGGAAGAUGAAGAGGAGGAGGAGGAGGAAGUGGGGAAAAAUGAUGGUAAGUCUAAGCCAUUGUCAUCCACCUCACGAAGACAAGAGCGGCGAAGCAACAGUCCACAUCGAAGAGAAAACUCACACCAUAACUCAUCCAGGUCAAGUCGGUCACAUCAUAGUCACUCCAGCCACUCAAGGGAUAGAUUGAAGAGGAGCAGGGAGGAUGCAAAGGACAAGAGUGGGAACUCCUCAAGAUCAUCAAGGAACAGUUCAAGACACAGAGAAGAUAGGAGUCGUCAUGGCCAUUCUUGGAAUCAGAGGAAGAGGGGUGAAGAUAAGUCAAGUGAUGAGUGUAGGCAGUGCCAGAAGUCCCCAAGGAAUGCACAUGAGAGGGACAAAACACAAGUAAGAAAAAGGUCAACAGAUGAUGAAGGAAGGUCAAGCAAAAGGACCAGAUCAGUCAAUGAGAAACAAAGUUGCAGAAAAGACAGUUCAUCAUCCAAACAAGAAAAAGAGACAGCCACACAAUCUCAGAGUGAGAAGCCUGUCAAGACACCCAGUAUCAGCUCCACAAGGAAAAAGAACUUCCAUGAGGCUGAAGAUCUUAGUUUUACCCCACAUUAUGCCAAAAAGCAGGAAAAGUCUGACACACUGGAAACCUGCAAAGGCUGCAACACACCUCUGGUAUCUGAUAGAAGCCUAGGUUGUGAGCCAGAGACAACUUGCCUGGACAGAAACAUGGAAAACACUGGAGUCACAAAGAAUGGUUGCAUUGAGAAGGAGGAAAAAACAAAAGUUGAAAAAAGUACCAAAAAACUGGAACUAGAUAAUAAAGACAUUAAAGUAAAUUGUGAAAAACUGAAGUUGACUGGCAAAGAAUCAGAUGUAAAGGAAAAUUUUGAAUUAGGUGUAAAUUAUUUGCAAGUUGCAGAUGAAGAUUUGGAGGUGAAGAAUAAGGAACUAGAGUCAGUUAGUACUGAAUAUGAGCUCAUUCAUAAAGAACUGAACUCUGAUUUGGAAUUGGCUCUAGUAAAAACUAAAAACAAUGAAAUAGAACCAAAUAGCAGUCAUUUAAUAUUAAAUAAUGAGUCGCAGGCAAGUGACAAGCAAUUUAGAUCACAAGUAGAUGAAUCAGUGUUAAGUAACAAGAAAAUAGAAUCACAGGUAAAGGAAUUAGAGCGCACUACACCACAACUGUGUGAAGAAAGUGUGAAUAUCAAGAAAUCAGAACCAGAAGAUCCAGAACCCAAAGUUAUGGAUCAAACUAUCAGCAACAUAGAACUAGAACCAGAGUCAAGUAAAACAUUGGAAGUAAUAAAACAAUAUAAGCCAAACAAGAAAGAGCUGCCAAAAAUUAAAAAGGAGGAAACAUCUCAUGAGGAAACAGGAAUUGGUACAAGGACAAGGAGUGCUAUAAGAAGUGGCCAAGUGGCACCUUCCAUGAGGGCUACCAGAUCCCAGACGAAAACCACAAUGGUAGAAUCUGCAGGUAAAGUCAAGACAGAGGCUAACAAGGAGACUUCUGACAAAACACCACAAAAAUUUAGUAAAGAGAAAAUGGAUAAAAAACCAGGACAAGUAUGUGAACAAGAAGUUUGUUUCCAAAAUAAUCUGCUUAUAGAAACAGUCAAGUCCACAACUGUAUGUGAAAAAUAUCAACAUUGCACUAUAUUGAAAAAUAAAGCUGGUGAAGAACUGGGAAAUGGAGAUAGUCAAGGAAAUACUCUUUUAAAAAUGACUGCUGAACUCCAUAAGGAAAAAAAGGAAAAUGAAGACUGCAAAAAAAAUACCCUUCUGGCAGAAGAAUACAAGGAAGAUGCUGAAAGAGAAAACAGAAAUUUCAGAAAGAAUAAAUUAUUCAGUGCAGUGCAGGAAGAGGAAGAUGGAUGCACUGCUGGAGAAAGGAAACUUGAACAUUGCAAGAAAAAAAAAGUGGUUGAUGUUGUCACUCAGGAAAAGACUACAGAAGGCCAACCUCAGAGCAUUCUGAUGGAAAACAGCCAAAAUAUCUCUUUUGAGGAAAACCAGCCUAGAACCUCACUGCUAGAACACCUUCAAGACACCUCACAAAGAAGAGAUAAAGCAGGACACUUUCACCGAGGACACAGAUUUCCAGAUAUUCCAAGAAAAGAAGAAUGUAACAACAUUAAACAUGAAAAUAGUCCAAAAUGUGUCCAUCAGGUCAGCCAGGAAGAUGUUGCCAAUACCAGUCAGACAGAAGAUAAAUGUGAGAUAUGUCAAAAUACCAUCAAAGAGGAGAGCAAACCCACUAAAGCAAAAGAUGAUGAGAACAGAAACGGCUGCAGGGAAAGCAACAGUAGUAAAGAAGACACAAAUUUAAGUCAAACCCUAGAUAUUAAGGAUAACAAGAGGCCAUUGGAAGCAGCGGAAGAAUGUGCCAUGAAGAGGAAGAAGGAACCAGCAGUAGGGCUUGGUAGUACUGAACACAAGAACAAGGAAGAGAAAGGAAAAUAUUUAUGUAAGAAAGGAGAAAUUAAAGAUGGUGAUGAAAGGAAGAACAAUGUUGCUGACACUGAAAUGGAGGAAACUAAAACACUUGAAGAUAUCAGCAAAGGAUCUUCAUCAAAAGAGGUGAAAAGAUACAGCAAGGUGGUGGUGGUGGGAGAUGCUCGCAUGACCCUCCUUGCCACUAGUGAUAUCAAGGAGCAGCUGCAGGAGGUCACACAGGUCAUUGUGGUCCCAAAUCUCACCCUGUGUGGCAUUUUGGAGGUGGUGCAGAGAGAGGUGGUGAAGGAAGAGUGUCCCCGAGGCAUCCUUCUGUUGUGCCUAGCAGGGGUGCUUGGCACUCUGGUAGAGUGCCAGGUGCCACAGGAGUGCAAGACUGCAGGACACUCAGACAUGCAUGAGAUGGUUCCUACCACAAAGGGCAACUCCCUGGACCCUGGGUUCCCUAAGCAACUGGCCACCCUGAAGAGAAAGCUUCAAGACACACUGGGAAGAGGCUCUAGUGUGCUGUUCUUUCCUGUCCUGCCAAUUGACAUGACCAACUUUAAUGAAAUAGCAGCAAAGCAUCACUUUGAUGCCACUGGACACAAACUUGAGCACCUCUCUCAAUCUGGCAGCCUACACUAUCAGCUGCUACAACAGUAUAAGAAAGCUGUUGAAGAGGUCAAUGGUUCAUCUGUCACAUAUGUUAGACUUGUGCGUUUUGAGUUUGGUUCCAGAGGAUCUUGUAGGAAGUUUACGGAUGAGCUUCUUCAGGAUGGAUUCAGCCCCACACUGGACCUGGUGGAAAGGUACAUUGUUCCACAGCUGCAGCAUGCCAUCAACAUGUCCAACUCCCUCAGGUUCCAGCAGGUGGCAUUGGUGGGAGAUGCAUGUCUGGCUCAGGUGGUCAAGAUGCAACAGCAGAAGGGUGUGGAGCCAUGCUCUUUCAUCCUUCAGGAGGAGCCAGGGCUUAGAAGCCUCACUCCUGACAGCCCUGUAGUAAAGUGGCUCUCAGGGAUGUGCAAUGCUCUGAUCUUCCUCUCUGUCACCCUCAAGGACCUUGCCACCGUUAAAGGAGAAUCUGAUGGAGAGAAGACACACUGCUUCCUCCCUCAUGAUCCUUCUAAGGCAUUUGACAACUUCCUGCAGGAGGCACUGAGGGUGGACCAGAUGCUGUGCUCACUAACACACCACUGUACUAUCAUCACCACCCCUGUGAUACCAUUGAUUCACCAGACCUUCACAAAGGACAUGGCAAGGAAGACAUUCUGUGACAAGUGCACUAGGACAGCAAAUUUAGUGACUGUUGCAAUUGAACAGGUCAGUAAGAUGUUGAACCAAAAGAAUGGUCUGCCGGUGUGGAACCUUAACCUUGCACUACAGAAGAACAAAGAUGUCCACAGCAGCUCUCACCAGAUCUCCAGCCUCAAUUCCAAGGUGGUACAGAAGGCAGCAAGCACUUGGGAGUGCUUCCUCAGCUGCUCUCAGGCAUGUAUUAGAGUAAUGCCAAAGGUCACUAUUACCUCUGUCCUCCAGGACCACAAAUUGAUGUUAGCUCUUCUACCUAAAGCCAGAGAAUCUUCUAGGAUCCACCAUAACAAAGAGGAAACCCAGAGCAGUCACAGCAGACACAGAGCACAGACCCAAAGUAGUCAUAGUACAGACAAGGAGCAGACUCACAGUAGGAGCAGCAGAGACAAGAAACAGACUCACAACAAGGGCAACAGAAACAAGAGAGAGAGUCACAGCAGCAGUGGUAGAAAUAAGGAGCAGACUCACAAUAUCAGUAGCAACAGAAACAAGGAACAGGUUCACAACAACAGCAGCAAAGACAAGAAACAGACUCAGAACAGCAACAGCAGAGAUAAGGAAAAGGCAAAGGACAGCCACAACAAAUAUGGAGAAGAACAGAGAAGGAAGAGCCCCGAUGCCUUAGCCCUCCCUGCUCUAGAUGACAUAACUUCCCCUGCUUCAUCUCCCAGUAGGCACAGUAAUGGGGAUCUGGAUAGCAUCUCCACUGGGAACCUAAACUUUACACCAUCCCCAUACCCAUCUAGUAUCAACAGCCCCGAAGAUUUUGUUGAUUUCUUCAGUGAUGAAUCUUUUAAAGACAGACGGAUUAAUUCCCAGAGUCUGACUUGCUCACCAAAGCCCUGGAAACACUCUUCCACAUGUGAAGCAACUCCAUUAAGAAGUCCAAGAAUAAGGCUAUGGUCUGCAGACAGCAGAGAUAAACCUCAAAGCCCUCAGAGACUGCAGUAUACAGAAUUAGAUGAACCAGGACAUCCCUUGUAUCAGCAGAAAAGAUAUUCACUUACCAGAAGUAGGGAGAGAGACCAUUCCACUCAUACAUAUCCUAGUCCUGAUCCACAAAUCAACAGAGUCAGAAACAGGAGCUUUAGCCCAAGGGAGGGGCUGUGUGGAAGAAGAUCCAGAAGUGUCUCUCUUAUCAGGCUACCUCUCAGUCCCAAGAGAAAACUUAUGUACAGACGGUCCUUCAGCAGGUCUUUAUCACCUCAGCGCUACAGAUCUGUCUCCAGAGAUGCAUCCUUUUCAAGAGGCAGGUCCACUUCCAGAGCCAAAAGAUCCAUUUCUAGAGGUAGAAGAUCGGUUUCCAGAUGUAGAAGAUCCAUUUCCAGGGAUAGGAAGUCAAUAUCUAGGAGCAGGAGAUCCUUUUCUAGAGGCAAGAGAUCAGUUUCUAGAAUGAGAUCCAUUUCCAGAAGUAGGAGGUUAAACUCUGUGAAGAGGUCCAUUUCCAGAAACAGAAGAUCAUUAUCUAGAGGCAAAAGAUCUAUAUCUUUGGGAAGACGAUCCAUCUCAAGAGGCAGAAGAUCCAUUUCCAGAGGCAGAAGAUCCCUUUCCAGAGGAAGAUCUGUUUCUAGAGGCAGAAGAUCCAUCUCAAGGAGCAGAAGAUCCAUUCCAGUGGCAAGAUCCUUUUCCAGAAGUAGAAGAUCCAUAUCACGGAACAGACGAUCUUUUUCUAGAAGUCAAAGAUCGGUUUCCAGAAGUAGAAGGUCUAUUUCCAGAAACAGAAGGUCUAUAUCUAGGAGCAGAAGGUCCAUAUCCAGGAGCAAGCGAUCUGUUUCCAAAAGUAGAUCCAUUUCCAGAGACAGAAGAUAUAUUUUCCAAGACAAAAGAUCCAUUUCCAUAGGCAGGUCUGUUUCCAGAAGUAGAAGAUCCAUUUCCAGAGGCAAGAGGUCUUUGUCAAGAGGCAGAAGGAGCAGAAGCAGAAGCAGAAGCAGAAGCAGAAGCAGAAGCAGCAGCUUAAAGCAAUACAGCUCAGUCAGAAUGCCUGUCCAUAUGCCCUCAGCCCAGCAGGGGAAGACUAGGAAAAGCAUGGUGAAGGAAGCCUUGGAGACCCUGCGCUCUGUCCAUGAGAAAGAAUGUGAGAUGUACCGUUCCAAUCCCAGCAUCCACCCAGACAUUGGUGCAGAAUAUCGUCUUUUUUGUGACAAGAAGACCCAGAGCAUCCUAGCCCUGGGAGGAGACCCAACACAGUACAACAUGGCACAUGACUGGCAUUCAUUCUGGAAGAAGCGCAUGGAGGAGAUCUUUAUUGAGUCAUGGAGAAUAAAGAGGAACCAAUGUCUUGCAUUGUUGGAUGCCAACCAGAAGCCACCCUCCCCUCAGCCAUCUUAUUGGACCCAUCGCUCCCUCUCACCUGGCUCCUCUUUUUCCUCCUUAUCCAGUACCAGUACAGAGGAUCAAAAGAGGAGCUCCAAGAAGAGAAAGAGAAGGGUGACAAAGGAGAGAGAGAGAAACAAAAAAAGGAAUGAAAACCAGGAUGGAAGAUCACCCCCUUCAAAUUACCCAAGAGACAGACAAGUAGAAAGGAACUUAGUUAUCAGUGACAGGCAUGGUGAAAGAUCUCCAGAAUACUGUGCAAGGCCUGAACUGCUCAGCAGGAAAGAGGAUGACUAUAUGGAAACAAGAAUAACAGAUAUGCUGAGAGUAGCAAGACAGAAGGAAUGGGAUGAGGAGCAUAUGGAGAAGUUGUUGUCUAGUCCUCGAAAGACGACAAAAGGUAGCAAGGAAGGAUGGGAACAGAAAUCAUCAGGGAAACAUUGCCCUAACUCACUAGAAAUUACACAAGGUAGGAAAACUGAUCGGGAAAAUAGAGAGUGGCAUCAGCAAAGUCCACCACACAAGUCACUUGGCCAUAAUGAAUCCUGGCAACACUCUCUAGAUGCCAUUGGAGAUCCCUUCCCCAUGCUUGAUCACUUCACUGAAACCCACACUGUGGCAGAGAGUGGCAAAGCAGAGUGUAAAGGUCAACAUAGAGCCAAACCUCGUAGGGGUGAGCCACAUGGCAUUGUGGAAGACCAGUCGCUUCAUCUCUUCAGCAAAAAGUAUAUAGCUGUGAGCAGUGUAAGUCCAGAGUCAACAAAGAGGGAGGCCCCAGGGAUGGAAGAUUCCCACAAGGUCCAUAAGGCUGACCAGCACAGCUCUAAAAGCAUCACCCAAAUCUUCAGGAGCUUUGCAGCAAAUAAGCUUGACACUGCUGAGAGCACCAAACACAGCCAUGAAGAUGAGGUGUCAUCCACCACAGCAUCACCCAGCAUUAAGAUUGAUGUAGUGAAUGUGUUGGAGGUUCUGACACACCUUGGGGACAAGCUUGGGGCACUUUAUGACCCUCUAAAAUUAGUUCUUGUGAGGACCAAAGAACUGCAGACUAAUGGUGCUGAUCCAUUGACCAUUACAAAUGACCAGGAUACUAAGUUGUUACUACAGAUGAUCCAAGAAAAGCUGCAGAGCAUUCUGAAGGAUGGUAAACUAAGUAUCAUCAAAAAGGCCAUCAUAGAGGAGGCAGAGCAGCGGCUGUCAGUACUGCUAGAACUCCAAGAGCAGCGAACUCUGACAGGGAAUCUCAAUCUGACACAGUUGGCACAUCACUGCCUUAACAUGGACACCACUGCCACUGUGGACUUCAUCCGCAAGGUACUGCAGUGUCAAGGCCACACACAUUUACCAGAAAAGCAAUUAAUGAAAUUGUACAUGGCUGUCAAAGCAGAACAGCUAAAGGUGUUGGGGGACCAUCACAAUAAUAGGGAAGCUGCCACCUUGCCUGACAACUCUCACUGCCAAAGCCACAACCCAGAAGCACCCUUGUGCUUGAAGAUGUCAGGGGACAGUGUAGGUCUUCUUUGUAGUUCUACAUUGCCCCUGUCACAAGCAGAAUCGCAUGCUUCUACAGGUAACUCUGAUUUCCCACCAUGGAAAGGCAGGCAGCCGUGCAGUGAUACUGCACAGACCACUUGCCUUCAGGCAGAGAUGUCCAGUUACCCUCAAGAGAUUAUGAUAGGCAGUAUUCAUAACAGCAGCAGUAGCCCUGUUACUAUGAAGCCUUCCAAGGCCUUCCCACCUGGUCAGUCCUCCACCUUACAGAAAUGGUCCCCACAGUGCCAUACCAGUGAACCAUACCCCAAGGCCUCCACCAGCACCCCUAGUGGUCCACCUGAGGGCACUUUUAGGGAGGCCACCUACCAUCUAAAGGCCUCUAAGUAUGUGUACAAAAAGCCCAUCUGCAUCACCCUUCCAAAGCAUCAACCACAAAAGAGCAUUAUUGGUGCCUUCAACCCUCUUAGGGAUUGUGACACAGAUAGUGAAGAAUAUGAAUAAAGGGUAUCUUAGAAGGGCAAGGAAUCCACCACUUAAGAUAAAUGAAGUGACAAGGAUAUAUAUAUAUAUAUAUAUAUAUAUAUAUAUAUAUAUAUAUAUAUAUAUAUAUAUAUAUAUAUAUAUAUAUAUAUAUAUAUAUAUAUAUAUAUAUAUACAUGAAUAAGAUACCUUAGACUUUUUAAAAUUCUUGCAAAUGAGAGAAUCGAUUGUGCGAACAUGGUGUACAAAUAGGACAAGUGCUCGAGUUCUUCCUCAAAUUCCAGCAAGUGCACCAGUUCUCCCUCAGAUUGUGAUAAGUUCACUAGUUCUUCGUUAGGUCCAAUGGACAGAUCAGAAAAGAUGUAUGAUUGAGAAAGACAUUGUAAUGUUUAAAAAAAGACAAUAAUUGGGUGAAAGAUUUUAUGUAAUCAGAGGUGACUGAGAUGUGUGGAAAAGGGAUGAAGUGUUGAUAGAAGCAGGAACUAGAAAUGAUUCAGAUAAAUGAGGAAUUAAAAUCAUAAAGGAUGUUAUUUCUACACAGGAAUAGCAGAAUGUUAUUUAAAUGUUUAACAAUUAUUUAAAUGUUUAACAAUAUAUUUUGUGUGAAAUAUGUACCAGAACUUGGAGAAAGGAUAAUUUUGUGUAAACAAAAUUAAGAAAAUAUCAUUCAUUAGAAAAUUUUUGCACACUUGAAGGAAUAAUUUUUCUUGUAUAUGCAGUUCCUUAUAGGUGUGAUAACUAAUAUUUAUAUUUGUUGAAUGUUUUGCUUUUGAGAGAGAAAUCACUACAAUAAAAUUUCCUUAGAUGGUGUAUAA